UGGGGAUAGCAGAAAGUGAGCGAGCAGAGGGAGGGAGCUGACUACUGACUCUAGUAGGGCACAGCCAGAUCCAGCAUUGUGGUCAGCUUCGGGUUUGAGUUCACAUCAGCUGCACUCUCCUCCUCACCUCUCCUCUCUCUCUUUCCGUGGCUUUCUCUUUUUCCAUCGACCCUUAAGAAGAAGAAAGCCUGAGUUAAAUUUCUGAAAGUUCUUGAUUUAGUUCUUAAAACUCAAAUCAUCAAAAUGGAGGCCAUCAAGAAAAAGAUGCAGAUGCUGAAGCUGGACAAGGAGAACGCCAUCGACAGGGCGGAGCAGGCUGAGACGGAGCAGAAAGCGGCUGAAGAAAGAUGCAAGCAGCUGGACGAUGAGCUAGCUGGCCUGCAGAAGAAGCUGAAGCAGACUGAGGAUGAACUGGACAAGUACUCUGAGGCCCUGAAAGAUGCCCAGGAGAAACUGGAACUUUCUGAGAAGAAAGCCGCUGACGCUGAAGGUGAAGUGGCAGCGCUGAACCGCAGGAUCCAGCUGGUGGAGGAGGAGCUGGACCGAGCCCAGGAGAGGCUGGGCACUGCCCUGCAGAAACUGGAGGAGGCGGAGAAAGCAGCAGACGAGAGCGAGAGAGGUAUGAAGGUGAUCGAGAACCGUGCCAUGAAGGACGAGGAGAAAAUGGAGAUCCAGGAGAUGCAGCUAAAGGAGGCCAAGCACAUCGCCGAAGAGGCCGACCGAAAAUAUGAGGAGGUGGCCCGUAAGCUUGUGAUUCUCGAGGGUGAACUGGAACGAGCAGAGGAGAGAGCCGAGCUGUCUGAAUGCAAGGCCAGCGAUCUGGAGGAGGAGCUGAAAAAUGUAACCAACAACCUCAAGUCUCUAGAAGCUCAGGCAGAGAAAUACUCAGAAAAAGAAGACAAGUAUGAGGAGGAGAUCAAGGUUCUUAGUGACAAGCUGAAGGAGGCGGAGACCCGUGCCGAGUUUGCAGAGAGAACAGUGGCCAAACUGGAAAAAUCCAUCGAUGACCUGGAAGAGAAAUUAGCAAGUGCCAAAGAAGAAAACCUCGGAAUGCACCAAGUUCUGGAUCAGACGCUCCAGGAGCUGAACAGCAUAUGAAGGGGGGAUGGGAGGAGUUUCAUCUUACAGCAUUCCGUGACCAUCCAGCUUAAUUCCAUAUCUGCAGCUAUUCAAACCUGUUUCCUCACAGAGGAUUAAUUUAAUUUGUGCAUCCGCAAUAUUUCAUUUGUCAAUUUAUCCCCAUUUACCCCCCCCUCAACACAAAUCCCAAAAUCUUUGGUGACUGGUGAUGGUCAGUUGCUGAGGUGCUCAUUAAGCGCCGCUAAUCUUCACAGUUAGCGUUGUUUUUUUUUAUUUGUUUACAUUGUAUUUGACGCACAUUCAUGCCAACAUCCAAAUGUCCUGCAUGCGGUAUAUUAUAGCUGAAUAGUGUGGUCAGAUUUAAAAUGGACAUUGUCUGCCAUCUACUGGUCACUUGGAUUAUUAUUUUUUUUAAAUGAAGGUGACAUUUGAAGAAUUUUGUUUUUGUUAUCAUUAUUCAAAAUUAUGAAGGGAGGGGGGGCUUUUUCUUCCAUUUUCCAUUUGGAAAAAAAAAAAAAAAAGAUUGAGGGACCAAAAAAGAAACUUUUAUUAUGCCAAAUCGUGAAACGUGCCAAAAGGUCAAAAUACACAUACAUUCCGAUUUGAACUGGAGGCGAUGCCUCUACCUGCUACUGUCUGUACAUCUCUGUGUGGAAGUAUGUAAACCAAGCAGCUCUAUGAGUGCAAAGCUCUAGAGAGACGAGACGUCUGAGCAUGAUGUCAUCCAACAUUCCACGUGUAAUACGGACCAAACCCACAACGCAGUUCUUCUAAUUACCUGCCUUGCUCUGUGCCUUUCUUAAACGAGUUUCUGUUUUCCUUGCCACUUAAUAAAUUUGUAUAAAAAUCCA